UCGCCCAGGUAGGACAGCAGAAGCGCUGAGCCCGAGCCCUCGCUCACCGCGAACAGAGGGGCCGCCGGGUGUCGGAAGCGGAUGUAAGUGACCGCCUCCUUGAGGUCGGACGGGUCCCCGAAAGGCUGCAGCCGAGGGCUGACCAGCGGGCAGCCGUGGUGGCCGCGGCGGUGGAAGAUGACUGGGUAGUAGCCGCGCUCCAGGGCGAGCAGGCAGAGGCCGAGCACGUUGCGAGUGAGGCGCCCCCAUGCAUUGGGGAUCACCAGCAGCACCGCGGGAAGGCCCCCGGCAUUGGUGACCCGCCGGCCCCGGGGGCAAGGUCCCACGACCCAGUCCAGGGCCACCAGCCCAUCGUCCGCCAACUGCAGGUACUCCCGGGCCAGUUCAGGCCCCGGCCCCACCGGCAGCACAAAGUGGCAGAGGGUCUGCAGGUUGAGGCUGGUCAUUUUAAUCCUCACCCUCCACCCACGUUCCCUUCGUCAAAAUUCUGAGUUGGGCCAAAGAGAAGGGCAUUGGAAAGAGAACAGCAGAGCCGGUGCCCCCUACAGGGGAGGUCCAGCCAGCUCUCCCUGCGGGGGCCAAAGACUGUGACUCCACCUCACGCUAACAGAUGUCUCCCUGGGCACAUGCCAGCCAUCGCCGAACUAACGACAAGAGCAGAGGCGGGCAUGGGGGGGGGGGGGGGACAAAGGAGCUCCAGCCCCGGCUUCAGCUUCCUCGGACUUCUGGGCCUGGGAAGGGUAGAGGUCUGAGACCCUCCUAAGUUCCUCUGGGUUCGGGCCCUAUUUUCGAGGAUACGAGUGGAAUGGGAUGACGGUGGACUGAAGGUGGAGUUCUAGAGCGGGGACCGUCUUCCUUCCGCAGCUCGGACUUCGUGAUUCUGCCUCCUCUUCUAGUUGCAGGUAACCCUGACAUGUCGGAGGCAGGUUUGCGGGAGGAGCGAACCCGUCCGUCUCCCCUCCUGGGCCACUCGGUCCACUGGGAUCCCACUUCCCGCCCUUCGCCCGGCUCCGUGAUCCCGCCCAGGCACUGCAGCUGCUCUCGGCAGGCCCUGGAGACGCGCUGAGACUGACGUGCGGGCCAAGACGGGUCCCUGCCAGUGCUGCCGCGCGGUGCGCUGGGCCGGGUUCCUACACACAACUUUUCCGGCUUCGGGUUUACCGCGCGUGCGCGAAAAGACUUCGGGCCGAGCCCCAGGCCACCCGGGAUGGUGCCUCCGCCGCCGUCGCCCCAGCUGCUUCUCCUGGCAGCCCUUGCGGGGCUCCUAGGUCCCAGUGAGGUGGUAGCUGAGCCAGAGGAGGAAGCGGGGGCCAGUUGUCCCGAGGGUCCAUGGCCUCUGCCCCCACAGGUGUCACCGAAAGUGACCUACACGCGGAUGAGCCCAUGGCAGCUUUUCAGGCCUCGUCUGACCUCUCCAAAUCUUUGGUUCUUCUCCAGUCGUUUUGGUCUACCCACCACACGUGCUAAGGAUGUCCGCUUCCUCUACCACCCCUGUGCCCACCCUUGGCUGAAGCUCCAGCUUGCCCUCCUGGCCCACAUUUGUGUGGCCCAGUCCUCACUGGCCCAGGACUCCAGCCUCACUCAGGAGCGGCCCUUGGUGCUGGCAGCAGGGGGGGUGGUGCUGGAGCUGGCAUGGAUAGAGCCAGCCUGGGCUGCCCACUGGCUGAAGAGGCGGCGGCGGCGGCGGAGGAGGCUGAGGAAGGAGAAGGCAUGGUUCUGCUCUGACAGUCUUUCUGGGUUCUCUCCCUUGGUGCCAAGGCCAGGUAGAGGGAGGCUGUGCUGGAGAGGGUGUCUACAGGCCCCAGCUUUGGCUUUUACCCUGCGGAGCUGGCGGCCCCCCGGUGCGGAGGAGGCAGCUAGAGGGUCCAGGCACCUCUCUCCUGUCAGUGCCAAGAGGCGUGGGCUGCGGGCUGCUCUCAGCCUCCAGCCCACACCCUCAGCCCUGAGGUUCCCCGCUGCCUCUCCACGGAGUUUGGAGGCCAAGCAGCCCAUGCUGGCAGCCUGGGGUGAUGGAGGUGAUGCCCCCUCUGGGCCCACUUUCCCCUCACUACAUGAGGGGGCUGGAGGCAAUGCCAGCACCAGGAUCGGGGCUCAAGUGCCCAAAGGGCAAAGCAGCCCAGGGGGCUGUACCUGUCCUAGUGAGGCAUCCCCAGCCCCUCAGGCAGCAGUGCCCCCGCGGGUAGCCCGGGGCCCCACCCCACGCACGGAAGAGGCUGCUUGGGCUGCUAUGGCCCUGACCUUCCUGUUAGUGCUGCUCACUCUGGCCACGCUCUGCACGCGGCUGCACCGAAACUUCCGCCGGGGGGAGAGCAUCUACUGGGAGCCCACAGCGGACAGCCAGGACACGGUGGCUGCUGUGCUGAAGCGAAGGCUGCUGCCGCCCCCGCGCCGGCCCAAGCGCUCCCGCCGGAGACCCCUUCUCCCGCCCACACCGGACAGCGGCCCGGAUGGGGAUAGCUCCGACUGACCGGACCCCAGCCCUGCCACUUUGGCGGUUUGGUUUCUCCGCCCCGAGGGAGGCCGCCCGCGACCUCUGCCACGUGGACCCUGCGCAGGACCGCCCCCUGGUGGCCAGUUGGAGCAGUCCUGCCUAGGCGUCGUAAAGGGGCUUGUCCUUAAGGUGUGGUUUGCCGCGGGGAAGGAAAUGGGCUGUUUCAGCCUUCCUUGCCUAUGUUUCUAAUUAAAUUAUUUUAGUAGA